UCAGCGAAGAAGAAACAACUGACAGACAAAAUGGCUGGGGAUAAAGCUAGCUGCCUGGCUAAUGUAAACAUCCACUAAUAGUACACUGGAGCAGGAGCGACGAUAACGUUACUCGAUAGAUUUGGCACUGCGAAUGAGACUCAGUCCUCCUGACUUUGGUGAAAAAUGAUGAGCCAGCGGCGUGGGAUCCAUCUGGACCAAUCAGAGCUGCUUUGCAAGAAAGGAUGUGGUUUUUAUGGCAACACUGCUUGGCAGGGCCUGUGCUCGAAGUGCUGGCGAGAGGAAAAUCAGCGAGAAAAGCAAAAACAGAUUCAAGAAGACUGGGCACUUGCUGAGAAGCUACAGAGAGAGGAAGAGGAAGCAUAUGCAAGCAGACAUCAGAAGGCCCAAUCACAGCCUACCAUCACACCCUUCAGCAAGUUUGAAGAAAGGAAAACUAAGGAAAAGUCCAGCAAAGUUAACACAGUCACUAAGUUUUUUAUUCCUUCCACAAAAACACCACCAAAAAAAGAUGGUGCUCCUUUUGAUACACAGUCCAGCCCAAGCCCGAGCUCCUCCACAAGCCGGCAGUCCUGCGUGGACAGCGACCACGCAACGCGAGAGUUCAUUGAUUUUCUCAAGCCUCUGAAGUCUGGCAGGGAGAUCUUCAAACAGUGCCGGGCUUUCACUGAAAGCAUGGUCUAUAAGCGAGACAUGGGUGCUGAUGAGCUGUCAGAGUGUGUGCAAGACUUCUACCAGAACCUCUCAGAACGCCUCCAGACCCAGUUCAAAGGUUCGUCAGAUCAUGUAGAAAGCGUUAUGGAUGAAGUAGAGAAGUACAUGAUGACUCGUCUCUACAAGGAAGUCUUCUGUCCUGAGACCACGGAUGAUGAGAAGAAAGACCUGGCCAUUCAGAAGAGAAUCAGAGCCUUGCACUGGGUCACCAUAGAGAUGCUGUGUGUUCCUGUAGAUGAGGAGAUCCCUGAGGUUUCUGACAGUGUAGUCAAAGCCAUCACAGAUGUGAUUGAAAUGGAUUCGAAGCGUGUGCCCAAGGACAAGCUGGCGUGUAUCACUCGUUGCAGCAAGCACAUCUUCAACGCCAUCAAAGUCAGCAAGAAAGAAGCUGCUUCAGCAGAUGACUUCCUUCCCACGCUCAUCUACAUUGUGUUGAAAGCAAACCCCCCGCGACUGCAAUCCAACAUCCAGUACAUCACCCGCUUCUGUAACCCCAGCAGACUCAUGACUGGAGAGGAUGGUUACUACUUCACUAAUUUGUGCUGUGCAGUGGCCUUCAUUGAGAAGUUGGACGGUCAGUCUCUGAACCUGAGCUCUGAGGAGUUUGAGCUCUACAUGUCGGGCCAGGCGUCCCCCCACUGGACACAGGCCAGUGGAGCUUCCUCCUGCUCCCCAGGCAGCGCAGCUCUCAGUCAGGUCCACGAAAGGCUGGACAUGCUCACAGGGCUCGGGGAAAGACAGGAGCGCGUAAUGGAGAAGGCUCGUCAACUGGAGAGUGACCUCAUCGACUGGACAGACGAAGUGGAACAGAAGGUGCAGAGCGUCCUGGAGAGCUUUCCGCCAGAGACACAAAACCCUACCGCAACCACAGCUAGUGGGACAUCUGCAGCACCAUCAGCAAUAGACUCUGAUAACGUUGAGAAUGAGCUAUUGCCCCCACCACUGCAACCGCAAGUGUUUGCUGGUUGAUAUGAAAAGCUCUGCUCUGAAAAAAAUCUAGAGGCUUUACUCCACCCUCCCCCUUUUCCAUGCUGUUAAACUUGGCUGUUUGUAUGCACAUACAGCAGCUGUCUGAUAUGGAUCCCAUUUCCACUCCAGCCAUCUCAAUUCCAUCCAUUAUCCUAGAGGCCCUGACAAUAAACUGAAAAGUAAUGGAAAAACUGAUUUAAAAGAAUAGUUUGGCAUUUUGGGAAGUGCCCGUAAUUUUAAAGUUAGAGUUAAAGGAGAUGAUUAAUGCAACUCAUAUCUGUACGUUAGAAAGUCACAAAAUCCACCUAUCCACCUUGUGAAGCUCAACAGUCAACACAUUAUAUCUUGUUUGUUUAGUUUGUAAAACAACACAAAAGUGUAAAAACAACAAGCUACUUCUCUUUGUACAGAUUUGUGAGCUUUAGAAGAGCUAGUAGGUGAAUUUUGUUGCCUGUGGACAGGGUUACCGUUAGAUUCAUUAUGCUAAGCUAAGCUAAGCGAGAGUGGCAUCAAUUUUCUCAUGGAACUCUUGGCAAGCAUUUCUCAAAAUGGCAAACUAUUCCUUUAACAUCAGGGAACGUGAGGCAGAGGAUAAGUAUACUCCAAGUCUUUUGUCCUGGAUCCGUGGCGAAGCCCUGAUGUUCUGCAUCUAUUACAGUUUCAGUUCAGUUUCAGGAUAAGCAGACUUGUACUGGCACCCUUGACGCAACCAUGUGCUUUGGUGUUCCCAGGCUAUUAAUCCCCCUCCAGUGUGUUCUGACUGUUGCUUCCUCUAAGUGGGGUCUUCUGGAAAACCCUUCACAGAGUGUCGUCCAGGAGGCAUCCUGAUCAGAUGCCCAGACCACUUCAUUUGGCUGCUUUUAAUUCAAAGUAGCCGACUGACUCCACUCCAAGCUUGUUGCAAAUAUCUAAGUCGGCCACCCUCAAUGGCAUUUCCAGUACCUCAAUACUUCUUCAUCCUUGUUAUUGUUGUUACAUUUGUGCAAACAGGAUAAAUGGUUGGAUGUGAUUUUUAAACAUGUUUCUGUCAUUAUUCACAACUUGUUAAGUGGAGGCUCAAAUUGACUCAGAGAACCCUGCUGCCCAAGUGGCAUUUAAUAAUAUAACAGCACAUAAAAUAUGUUUUUGGGAAAUGAAAUGAAAAAGUCUUAAUGAUGCAAACCUUAACUUCCCCUUACUAAAAUAUCCCUCCAGCCCAUGCUCAUGAUUCCUGCUGUAUUUACUGUGUAUGUUACUAGCCUCUGGAGAAAUUUCCAGAGAGAAAGACUAUUCACGUGUGUGGCAGUUGUGCAUGCGGGCAAGUGUGGGUGAGUGUGUGUUGCAUGGACAUGUUCCGUUAAUGUCGAUAAAUCAUAAAAUCCUCCCGCUGUGUGUGUGGAUAUUGUAGUCUCGUUUUCAUGCCAGACCUCUCACUCCAGCCAUAAGCUGGAUGUACAGUGAUUUUAUUUUUCUAUAGAAUGGCAGGUAUCAAUUCUUCUGGAUGCAAUAGGAGACAUUAAUCCUGUAAUAUUUACAGUAGUAAUCUUGUUAAAGAAAAUUGUUUGAAAACAUGUUACAUGAAUUCUAAUGGUUUAAUAGUAAAAUGUUCAUCUUUUCAUUUAUCUUCUCAAGAGGGUGUCAUAAGAAUAUCCCAUCAAUAAAUAAAAAUCAGUUUUAGGCGAAUUAUAUUAUUGUUUUGCUCUGUAAGAGCUGUUGGAUGAACUAGGUAACACGGCGGCAAGGCUUCUAUUUAAUUUUAACGCUCUUAAUUCAGAAGGACAUUGAAUGAAGGAAGUAAUUGCUAUAUUCAGUUGAAAGGAUAAAGGAUUAUUGGUGAAAACUGUGUUGGGGGCUUUUACCACACAGAUGUUUUUCAACCAAGUCUUUGUAUUUGGCAGUUGUAUGUUUGGAUAAUGUUAAAGGGACAUUUUUUCCCUUUGCCCAUUAGCUAAUAUUUCCUUAUGCUGCUAGAGCUGAAUCUUUUGUAGUUCAUAUUUUUGCAAUAGUGUAGUCAGUGUGCCAUUGCUUUCCAAUUUUAGUUUGAGAAAAAGCUUUUAAUGCAAACAACAGCUUGAAUAACUUCAUUGCACUGUAUGCAGAAGCCAUUUAUCAGGUAUUUUAAAGUUUGAAACAUCAUGUUUGUAACCUUAUAGGUUUGUCAUUGUAUUACAUGGGAGAAAGUAACUUAAUACUGUCUUUUAUUUAAAUGUAACUUAUUGGGGCAGUAUUAGUAUAUUUGCAUCUAUGGGUGUGUGAUGAUAAUGAAUAAAAAUUGAAAAUGCA